AUGGAUCAAGUUUGUCAAUAGAAAAGAAAUCCAAUAAAAAAUCAAUAAAGUAUAGGAGGAAACAAAGAAUUACUUUCAUACAAAAGGAUAAACUCUCCUGGACUUCCUAAUUCAUCUUUGAGAACAAGUUGCAAAGUAGAUAAAAAAAGAUUAGAAAUUGGAUUGAUAACUGAUCGCAAAUUAAGUGAAAGCCCAAAUUUUGAUAGAAUGUUUUCAACUGGAAACUUUAAAAUGUUAAAAUAGAAGAAUAGUGUAAUUGAUAUUCCAUAGCAAUUAUCACAAAUUCCAAAAAUAGAACCAAAAAUGAAGAGAAAUUUUAAAAUGAUUGAGAAAUUGGAAUCAGAUAAACUUUGUUUAAAAAUCUAUAUAUCAGAAGAAGAUUAAAAUUAAUUAAUAUUUACAGGUAUUAGUAAAGAAAAAUUAUAAUCACCAAAUUAAAAUAAAAAGGCAUUAAUUAAAAACUUGAGGUAGCUAUUUUUAAAUGAUAUAGCUGAAGAUAACCAUUAUAUGAAAUAAGAAUCUUUAUAAUAAAAGAAUAUAAAUUGUGAAGAUUAAUUAUAUUAUGGGUUAUUAAAAAAUAAUCACAGUAAUUCUAACAAGAGAAUCUAUACUUAAACUAAUGAAAGUAAAUCUAAUUAGGAUAGAUCACUUUCUAUUUCUACCAUUUAAGAAUAUAAAUCUAAUAUUUCUAGCAAAAUCAAAAAAGAUAUAGAAAUUUUGGAUAGAGGAUUGAAUAGAUAAAGAAAAAAUUAAGAAUAAAAUUCCAAUUCAAGAUUUUAAAAGUCUUAACCAUUAAGCUAAUAUAAUUUAACGAUAAAUCUUAAAUGUAAAUAAAAAGGUUGUAUAAUUUCAUCUUAAAAUAAAAAGGCAUCUUCUCCUUCUUUCUCUUAUUAACGAAAUUCACAAUAAAAAUGUAUAAAUAAAUAAAAAUCAAAUAUAAAAUCAUUGCAGGUUUGA